AUGGAACGUCUCAAGUCCAAGCGUGGAACUCGACGAGCUCAAACUACGAGAAUUCUCAACGAAGCUUCAACUGCCCUAAAAGAUGGCACUGCCUCAGCUGAAGCGCUGAAUGCAUUACUCCAACGUCUCACUACAAGCAAUGCGGAGCUCGUCGUACUGAAUACCGCCAUCGAGCCGCUUGUGACCGAUGAGGACUACGAAAGUGAGUGCGCCGGUGUUUUGGAGUAUGAGGACAGAGUAACAGAAACAGUCGCCAACUUGAACUGGAAACUGGCACAGCUACAGGCGGCGGCUGCGUCGUCAAUGGGAUCCUUGAACGAACCGAGUUUACCGCAAGCGUCGUCGCAACAACGUCAUAUUGGGAUCAAACUUCCCAAAUUGAGGCUUCCAACGUUCAGCGGCAAGUUAAGCGAAUGGCACAGUUUCUGGGAACAAUUUAGCACAACCGUACAUGAGAAAAAGAACCUAGUGAAAAUAGAAAAAUUCCAGGCGUACGACGAUGCUACAGAAAUUCUCAAGGAGCGUUUCGGUGAUCGAGGAAGAAUAGAAAGGCAGCUACUGGCAAGGCUUCGUAGCCUCCCGGCAGUCAAGUCCUCCUCAGACGUCUUAGGUUUGCGACGAUUCUACGACCACGUGCAGAGUCACAUACGUGGAUUGCGUUCACUCGGAGUUCAAGACAGUUCUUACGCAGCAAUGCUAACAGAAAUACUAUUAUCUUCCCAGCCAUCGGAAAUCGUAAUAGACUUUUACCGCUCGGUUCAUUGCCCGACCACCACCAGCACUGCAAGCCCAACAGAUGCAGGAGACACCGCAGCGCCGUCCACGUCAACGACAGCUUCCGACGAACUACAGGCAGUGCUGAAGUUCCUUCACGUGGAGGUUGAGAGUCGAGAGAAAAGCGAAGUCGCAGAACGUAACCUCAAGAAACAAAUUCAGCCUGUCAGCAAACCAGCUACCCUAGGCCGAGCAAAUCCAUCUGCUGCAGUUCUACACAACGCAUCUACAAACCCAGCACCUUGCUUCUUCUGCAGCAACACUGAGCACAGUACACUGUAA